UGGCAUGUUUUUGAAUCGGUGGUUGCUGUUGGAUGACGUUUAGUUCAAGCGCGAUUUUUACAAAAUGUCGCCUGUAUUUGAAGUGACAACUAAAGAUGAUUAAUUAGAGACCGAACCAACUUCAAGCAAAAAAGCAUCUUAUGCAGGAACACUGUCACAUAUCAAGGUAUAGAAACCGAUUAAAAAUGGUGUAUUAUGCAAGAAAUCCUAUUGGACAUAAUCGUCUUAACAGGUUUCUAUUCAGGUAGUGAAGUCAAAAAGGAUCUUCCAAAUGCAGGGCAAGAAAAAAAUGGAAAAAUCGUUUACAUCCUUGUAAUCGACGCAGGAUCAACAGGAUCCAGAGUUGUGGCAUAUAAAUUUUCAAAAACAGGUAGAGAUCUCCAACUGCUCGAGGAAAAGUUUGUAAAAAUCAGACCAGGAUUAUCAUCAUAUGCACAUGAUCCAGAAUUGGGUGCACAAAAGAUUUACGAGCUCGUCCAAGAAGUCAAGGACUUUGUUCCUAAAGAUGACAAACCCAAAACAGAAGUUUAUUUGAGGGCUACAGCAGGAUUAAGACUUUUAGGGGAUGAAAAAUCUGCAGAACUUCUCCAAGUUGUCCAAAAUGCCUUGGAAUGUACUGGUUAUAAGGCUCCUAAGGAUGCAGCUGCUAUGUUGACAGGAGUUGAGGAAGGAUUGUUUUCUUGGUUCACUGUUAACUAUUUUAAACAUUCUUUGAAAAAACAUCACACCUAUGCCACAUUGGAAAUGGGCGGUGGAUCUUCACAAGUAACAUAUGAAGUAAAUCGUCCAUAUGUUCCUUAUGUGAGAAAUAGUAUUUAUGAUUCUCCAAAACCGAACAUUAAAGUUUUUGCCCACAGUUACUUGGGUUUGGGUCUAAGUGCUGCCCGUCAAGGAAUUUUGCAAUUUGACUAUCCCCAUCCAUUGCACAAUAAUUCACAUGUAACAAGCGUUUGCUACGACAGAUUUACUCCAUAUAAGAAUUUUACUUUCAACAACAUGGUAUUACAUGUCAGAGGUAAACCAAGAAGCAAUAAACAAAUUGGAGUUGAUAUUAAAAAAUGCAGAAAACGUGUUCUUCGAUUUGUCAGAGACAAAAUCGUUCCUGUUCCUUAUGGUCUUCACGAAGAAGCAAAUGUGGCUCUGAGUGCAUUUUACUACAGAGGAAAAUCUGGAAACGUUAUAACUGAUGAAUAUGGUGUCACGACCAUCGGAAGAAUUUGGAAAAAGUUACAAUUGGUUUGCAGAUAUCCGAAUAGCAAAGAACCUUUUCUGUGUUUGGACCUUAUUUAUAUACAUACUUUACUUACGAAAGGUUUCAGACUCCAUAAUUCGAAUAUUGUAGAGAUGUUAAACUCGUACGACAACCACGAAUUAUCUUGGGCCUUAGGAUUUGCUUACAGCAAAAUAAUGAAAACUAUGCCACCUGCAACACCAGUUUUGGAUAUGAGAGAAAAAUCUAAAAAGAAAGUACAAUGUUCUACUUAUAAAUCAAAAGUAAAAACUGAACCGAUUCUGGCAAAAACUGAACCGACUCCGGCAUCUCCUGUACCGACUGUAAAUCCUGAUCCAACUAAACCAACCGUGCCAAAAUAAAAAAUAAUACAUAAUGCAUAUUUUAUUUAUGUAUAAACCAAGAAAAAUAAAUGUAAUAUACACAUAUUUCUUAAAUUCAAUUUGAGAUAAACUUACAGCUGGUAGUGAUAUUAUAUUGUUAACGUAUACAUUUUCUAACUAGAUAUUAAAAUUAUUUGGGUUGUCUUAGAUUGUAAAAUUUUAUCUAACAAAAAU